AACCGCCAGGUUCGCUUGGCUUCUCCAAAUCAUCUGUCGGAGCCUGCACUGGGAAGCUGACCGUCACGGGCUGCCCCAAGCACUUGCAGCCACGGCAGCAUUUUGGGGUGGCGGCCUCGGCCAACGGCAAGGGUUUGCUCGAUGGCGGGAUGGCGCUGCUGCCAAAAAUGCCGGCGGUGAGGGACGGUGCCAUUGCCGCACAGCUGGCAAAGGCGGUGCUGAAGAGCCCGCCUUCGACGGACUCCUCCGUCCGCCCAAAAGACGUGUCUAAGCGGAAAGGGGGUGGCGGUGGCGGCGGUGGCAGCGCCUUGGUUUCACCAGGAGACGGCUCGAGGCCCGGCCAGUUGAAAUCUGGCGCGGAUGCCGCAGAGAAAGCCUCGUCGGCAGCGGCGGCUUUGACGGCGACGCCGGUAGCGGCGGCAUCGGGCGGCAUGGCUUGUGGCCGUGGGAAGCACGGCUCGGCGAAGUCGGCGUGCGGCAUCGCGGCCGGAAAGGCGGCGUCGAAGCGCGCGGUGAGCAGCGAGGAGGACGGGGACAGCUGCCUCGAGCCGGACAUGGUGGAGCUGCGACCGGACGAGAGCGGACUGGCGCUCGGCGCCGAGGCCUGCAACACCUUCGCCUCAGAUGGCGAGAUUUUUGGCGGCGAGUCUACCUCUGACGCCUUCAAAAAGGGCCGCCCCAAAGACCCGUCCGACAAAGGCUCCGACGGGAAGGCGGCGGUGGCGGCGACGUCAGUAGCAGCAGCAGCAUCCGCGUCGGCGGGGGCUGUGGUCAAGCGGAGCACGGAUGCGGCGGGCAAGCUCCUGAAAUCCAGCUCCGAGUCCAGCGAUAGCGGUGGCGAAGCGGCGGCGUCGGUAGACGGCAAGGAGACGGUGGUGGGCGACGGCGCGGGUGACGUGAAAGCUGCUGAGCCGAAGCAGGCGGACGGGACGGUGAAAGGGGACGCUGCUGGGCUGCAGAGCGGCGCGGCCGUGGUGGCGACACCGGAGGCGGGGCCGUCCGCCGCCGCCCCCGUUGUUGGCGCGCGUGUGGAGGGGGUGGCCGUUCCCCCGGAAAAUCAGGACGACUACAACCUGUACUUCUACAUAUCGGUGGAUGCGGCCAAGGAGGAGGAGAAGCCGCCCGAGAGUGUGGUGGAGGAGAAAGAAGACGUGUUUGCAGGAGUCCGGCCGCUGGAGCUGGAGAGCUUCAUGGAGGUGCUGUUCGCCUGUGCCGAGGCCCUGUACUCGCACGGCUAUGCGGCGGAGGCGUGCCAGCUCGCCAUCGAACUCGCCAACGAGCUCCUGGGCAGCCCUCCUGAUCUCAAAGUGGAGCAGCCGCAGACCAAGGGCAAGAAGGCGAAGGUGUCGACGCACCGGCAGACGCUGCUGGCGGCCAGCACGCUCUCCAAGGCCGCCUUCCUCAUCUCCGUGCUGAGCGAGCGGUCCGAGCUGCACGGCCUCGCCUUCGUCGUCGGCCUCUUCGCCCUGGAGCUGCAGCGGCCUCCGGCUUCCACCAAAGCCCUGGAGGUUCGCCUGGCCUACCAGGAGUCGGAGAUCAUGGGGCUGCUCAAGAAGAUCCCGCUGGGCGUGACGGAGAUGAGCGUGAUUCGCGAGCGCGCCGAGCAGAUCCGCGACGGCGGGUUCUGCGACUACCGUCCGGUGCUGCCCCUCAUGCUGGCGAGCUUCAUCUUCGACGUGCUGUGCACUCCCGUUGUUUCAUCCACCGGGUCGAGACCUCCGAGCCGGAACAGGAACUCGCAGCUUCCGGGAGACGAGGAGCUGGGCUUUGAAGCAGCCAUCACCGCUCUAGGCCUGAAGACGACAGUGAGCGAGGCGGAGCACCCGCUGUUGUGCGAGGGCACGCGGAGGCAGAAGGGAGACCUGGCCCUCGCGCUGCUCAUCACCUACAAGGACGACCAGGCCAAGCUCAAGAAGAUUCUGGACAAGCUACUGGACCGCGAGAGCACGACGCACAAGCCGCAGACCCUCAGCUCGUUCUACUCGUCUGGCGGCAAGCCUGCCAAUCAGAAGUCGCCCUCCAAGCACGGCAGCCAAUCGGCGUCCUCGCUGCACCACAGUGGGGGUAGCCACGGCAACCACCCGGGAAAUGCCGGGAAUGCUGGGAGUGCCGCCCUGCCCCUGCGGACUGCCGCCGCCUCCGACACGUUCCAAGAGGGCCUUGUACAGCAAGACUGCGCCCAGCCGCGUAGCGGCGUGGCCGAUGGGCCUGCAGGGACGGCGACGGACGCGACUGGGGUCUCGGGUCGGCCUGAGGGGAAGGUGACGGGCCGGCUGCUGCUCGGGUCUCGCGGCGUCUUCAACGGACGCUCGUGGGGGUCGCCCGUCCGGCCCAAGAAGAAGCACACGGGAAUGGCGAGCAUCGACAGCAGCGCGCCCGAGACGACGUCGGACAGCUCCCCGACGCUGGCGCGCCGCCCCGCGGGGCCCCGCGGGGGCUGGGGCUGCACGUCGUGGGCGCGGGGCCAGGACAGCGACAGCAUCAGCAGCAGCUCGAGCGACUCGCUCGGCUCCUCCUCCUCCAGCGGCAGCCUCGGCCCCGCCGUCGGGGUCGGUGGCGGCGGCGGCGUCGGCGGCGGGGGUCCCGCCGUUAGUGGGCGCAGCAAGGCCGGGGAGAUGAUCCGCUACAAGGGCCGCCGGGCCGAGUGCCACGCACCCCACGUGCCCAAUCAGCCUUCGGAGGCGGCCGCCCACUUCUACUUCGAGCUGGCCAAGACGGUGCUCGUGAAGGCCGGCGGCAACAGCAGCACGUCGCUGUUCACGCACCCCUCGUCGAGCGGCGGCCACCAGGGCCCCCACCGCAACCUGCACCUGUCGGCCUUCGAGAUCGGCCUCUACGCGCUGGGGCUGCACAACUUCGUGUCGCCAAACUGGCUGUCGCGCACCUACUCCUCCCACGUGUCCUGGAUCACGGGCCAAGCGAUGGAGAUCGGCAGCGCGGCGCUCAACAUCCUGGUGGAGUGCUGGGAUGGUCACCUGACGCCGCCCGAGGUGGCCUCGCUGGCCGACCGGGCGUCGCGCGCCCGCGACCCCAACAUGGUGCGCGCCGCCGCCGAGCUGGCGCUCAGCUGCCUGCCCCACGCGCACGCCCUCAACCCCAACGAGAUCCAGCGCGCGCUGCUGCAGUGCAAGGAGCAGGACUCGCAGAUGCUGGAGAAGGCGUGCGUGGCCGUCGAGGAGGCAGCCAAGGGAGGCGGCGUCUACCCGGAGGUCCUCUUCGACGUUGCGCACCAGUGGCACUGGCUGUACGAGCAGACGCUGGGCGGGCACGCGCGUGGCGACGGCGCCGGCGGCUCGGAACACGGGCACCGCCACGCGGAUCGAGAGCACUCGCCCGGCAGCCACCACCACCACCAGCAGCAGCAGCAGCAGAGGGGUGGUGGCAACCCACACGCCGUAUCCUUCUCGGCCGUGACGCCCUCCUCUUCCUCCUCCUCGUCCGCCGCCGCCGUGGUCUCCCCGUCGCCGUCCUCGCGCUGCCACGCCGUGGUGGCGCCCUCGCAGGCCGUGCAGGCUCUGUACCAGGCGCAGCCGGGCGGGCACGUGACCACCGUGCAGCGAGCUGGCGCGGUUAUGCACCAGCAGCAGCAACAGCAGCAGCACCAUCACCAGCAGCAGCAGCACCAGCAGCAGCAACAGCAGCAGCAACAGCAGCAGCAGCAGGCCGCGUUUGCGUCGUACGCAGCCUUGCCUGCGCCAGGGCCGCAGCCGGGACCCACGGCCAUCGCGGUGGCGCAUCACCACCACCACCAUCUGCCCAUGUACCCGACGGCGCAGUACGUGGGCCAUCGGCACGCCAUCCAGCAUGUGGCAGCCAUCUUCCAGCCGCCCCCCACACCUGGGUACCCUCAGGGAAUCCACCCAGCGUUCCUGCCGGCGCAAUACCAGUACACGGGGGCUGGGGGGCCCCACCCAUCCCUGCCCACGCCUCCCAUGCCCCUGCCCGGUGUGGCCAUGCAGACGGUGCCGCAGGUGGCGGUGCACCACGCCUACCAGCCUGACGCCGGGCUGCAGCUGACGCCCGUGGCGUUUGGAGCCGUGCAGACUGGGCCGUCCUUCCAGCUGCUCUCCGGGCCGACCCUGCAGACGCUGCCGCCAGUGUCGCAAGCCGCCCCCCCGCCACAGGCACCCCCCGCUGGAACGCAGACGCUGGCGGGUGACGAGCAGCAGCAGCAGCAGCAACAGCAGCAGCAGGUGGUCAGCCCUCAAGGCCUGCUCCACCUACUGUCCGCCUACAGAGUCGGGAUGCUUGCGCUGGGGAUGCUGGGACGGCGAGCGCACAACGACCACCCCAACAACAUCUUCUCGCGCAGCCCACCCUACACAGAGGACGUCAAGUGGCUGCUUGGCCUCGCCGUCAAACUCGGCAUCAGCCACGUGCACCAGUUCUGCAUGGGCGCCGCCAAGGGCCUCCUGAGUCCGUUCGUGCUGCAGGAGCUGAUCCUGGAAGCCGUGCAGCACCUGUCCAGGCAGAACCCGGCCAACUUGCACGGGCACCUGCGCUCGCCCGCGCUCAGCCAGCUCGUUCAGCGCUGCCAGCAGACGUACAGACAGUGCAUCGAGCAUCGCUUGUACCACAUCAGCCCGGCGGACUACGACGACUUUGUGAGCCUCAUCUGCAGCGCGAGGGCCGCCUUCUGCCUCACGCCCGUCGGCAUGGUGCAGUUCAACGAGGUGCUGCAGGGCCUGCGCCGCUCCAAGUACUGCAAGAAGGAGCUGUGGCAGCGCAUCUUCGCCGAGAUGGCCACGUACACUGCGUGACGGGCACCCCCCGUCGCUCCGGUCUGCGUCUAAUGCUGCUCCCUGCGGGACUGUGGGCCGCUGUCAAUAAUUCCUGGCAGUAUUGGCUUCAUCCAGUACCGCUACUCCUCCCCCCCCCCUCCCCCCACCUUCCUUUACUCAGUUGUGCUGCCCCUUUCGUGCAGCGCUGCCCUUUGUCGCAGUGUUGCCCCCUUUCAUUCAGUGCCACCCACAUUCAGCAACAGCUGCCACCUACACGUCAUGCACUGCCACCCCUUUCAUCUGCUACCAGCCACCAUCUUCAUCGGUUGUCACCUUAGACUGGUGCCGCCCCCUUGAUGUGUUAAGAUGGAUUCCCAAGAUCGCCUUUCCUGCCUGGCGCCCGCCAAGCAAACGCAUCGACGCUCGGCGAAUUGCGGUCAGGACUAACGCAGGUGGCGUGCGCUGCACUGAUGUGACGGCUUUACGGUCAGACUGGCGGCUGCGGUCUGUCCGCCCCCCCCACCACCCCCCCUCGCAAGCCCAAAAACACCAACACCGUCUGCCCCCGUGCGGCGGGUCCGGUCGACGGAACGGGCCGAGAUGCGCGCCGGCAUUGCGUCGCUGCCCCCGGCCGCGCGCCGAUCUGCGCGCCGAUCUGCACGUCGAUCUGCACGUCCGCGUGCUAAUGGCACGUUCUCGCCCGCGACGACUCCUGUCCCCCGUUGCCGAGCCCGGCAGCCAAGGGGCGCCGCUGCCCCGCCUGACGCCCACCACCCGUCUGCCUCCCGUCUCCGGGAGUUGUCUCCCUUGUGAGUCCGUCCAACGUCUUGGCUACCUGCUCUGUUUCAUAAUCCUUACCAGGUCUGUCUGUGUAAUCCUGAUGCUGUCCUCUUCCCCCCCACCCUCCGUGCAGUUUGUUUGCCGAGGGUAGCGGUGUUUGGACGAGCUCACUGCAAAUUGGCGUAUAUAUUUUUUUUCUUCGUUCGUUGUUUCUUCCAAUACACGUCCAUGGCCUCGAGUAUUGUGAUUUUGUUUUCUUUGAUUUGUGUUUGUAAUUAUGAAGCUUAGCCAGCGUGGUUAUUCAAUUGGAUUGUUGCUCAGACCCUUCGGCAGAAGUACAAAAUGCAAUAAAAACUACCAGGUUGUGUAUAGAGCCUGUAACUUGCGGUAUACUCACCCAAACUCUGCAUAUCAUCAUUCAAAGUCAAGUCACAGGUGUUCCCACUGCCCAUACUAGCUGGCAUGAGGUGGCAUACAUGUUCGUGUGAGACGACACACAUGUUCAUCGGUGGUCCUCAACCAGCUGUGGAAAUUACAUGUUUCCAUGUCAAGAGACCAGUCUUUAUCAAGGGACCCUCAACUUUUUGUCAAUUCCAGAAAGUGGUCUAGAUUAUUUCGGCCACAGAGGAGGUGCGACGGGCUGAGUUGACCCCUGACUAGGCUAGGUCGCUCAUGACCUUCCAUUCGUGAGUUUAGAGUUUGAAGCGAUGAUUCCACCUCGACAGGUCCACCGUCGUGGAUGCAAAGUAUAUUCUCUAGCGAGUGAGAAACGCACGUGGCUUGCUUUGUUUUGUCAACAAGUUUACGCAUUCACAAUUUGUGUAAGAAAAUUAAAAAAAAUGUUCAUCUUCCCAGCCAAAAAAAGUGGUGGGGGUCCCGUUUUUCCAAUCAUUAGCAUGACACUUUGUUUACAAAGACUCAUAACCCAUUGUAGUUUGUUAUCAACGCUUGCAGGUGUAGCGUCUUUUUAAACAAAGUUUUUCAUACGAACCCAGAUGUCGGCGGCACGCCGUCAUGGUUGUAAACAAGGUUCAGGCAAACAUCCUGAGUUUCGACCGCUGUAUUUGAGUGCGCGGUAGUGAAGAGUGGUGCGCUGUGUCCAUUCGGGAAUGACACAGCGUAUAUUUUUGUGACGUUUAAAUCAUCCGUCUGCUGUCGGGUGGCUCGCUUUGGCUGAGUUCAGCUCGUAAAUCCCCGUGAAGUACCAGUAACAAAAAGACAUAUACGAAACAUUUUUGUAAGUAUGAAGGUUGUCAGAAUUUAAAUUAAUUCUGAAUGAUAACAAUUUUACCAUUUAUGGGUUUUAUUAAAUACAAGAAGAAACCCAGCACAUAUAUAUCUCCAGAUCCAGGUUUUAAUUUGUAUCGAUGAUUUAAAUACAUAUACGAGUUUCCAUACGCAGCUCCGUUUUGUGAUUAGUUUUUAAAAUGGAACAGACCGUCUCAGCAAAGGACAUCAAAUACAUCUUUUCUGCUCACGUUUGCCAGCGCCCUUGACAAGAAGCAAGUUUCAAGGGUGACUGCUGUUUGCCCUCGUAUACUGGAGAUAGAAAACCCCAAAAGGGUUUAUAUUUAGCCACACCUGAUGUGGUGGGUGGUAGUGAUAACUGAACCAGAUGCUCAUCACCACGAUACAAAAAUCCCUACGUCAAGAGCUUCAUUGCAAUUACACGCUGUCUCGUCAGAUUGUGGUCGAUGAUGAGAUCAACACGGAAGUUAGUUAUUCACGCUCCAAACAUUGACGUGAGAACGCCAUUCCAUUGCCCAGCACUCAGGGAACUCUACUCAUGCAUAUAUUGUUGUUUGCGUACGCAUUAAUUUAAUGUAUACAUCUAGGCGGAGAGGCUCCCCUCUCCCCCUCGGGGUGGGUGGGGGGCAGAGAUCCCAGCCCCCAGCUCCCCACGGCCAUGGUCCCCUCAGUGUUUUAAGUUCCUUACCUACGUGGGUUUAUAUUUAAACACACGUUGGGAGGUGGAGUGUUGCUGGUAAUGAGGCACGAGGUGGUCACCACCCUCUCCGGUAACUACACCGAAAGUUCAGUCAUGUCCGUCGCUUGACGACAAAAAUCCGUAGGUCAAGCAGUUGCAAUUGCACGCUGUAUCGUCGGAUUGUGUUUGAACAAAUGAAUGAGGCAGAAAGUUUCCUCUGCAAAUUCGUUUUAUUUUGCUCAUGCCCACCUUUUUUUUUUAACAAAUGUUGAUUGGGAGCAGACAUUGCUCCGACACCUAUUGACCCAUUAACUCGUUUUCCGUUUGCUAAUUUUGUUAUCGCGCACGUAGCUCUGCUUGGCACGUGCACGUUGAUUAUUUCUUUAAAUGGCAUUUCUCCUCUGUAGUUCCAGGUUUGGCCUUGCUCUGGUUUGGUGUGGUCCUACUGCCUGUUUAGUUUAACCCACCGCUCGGCUUUCCGAUGUGUCUUCGUGUUCGUACUGCGUGUUUUGCACGGCAUGAUGUCCGACGUUUCAGCACGUUGGAGAUGAGCGUCCCAGUCAUCGUGCCUGAUAAAACACGCGGUACGACCCGAAAACACGCCGGAGUUCGAUACGGCACAACCCGCGAAAACAUAGGCAGCAGCCGCGGCUAAAAUGGAACAUUCCUGGAGUUGGUGUGUUUUUCCGGAUAACGUGGAUGGUCUUCAAACGUGACAUUUCCCAUUCUCCACAAUAUUUUCGGUCACCAAAUUGAUGUACACAUUGCGCAAUUGGCAUUUUGUUACACGUCGAAGCGUGGUCUGAUUCGGAGCCAACUACGUACCCAACUUGCUCCACAGAACCACUCGGCGUGGUCAGAAAUGACCCGACAUCGCAGGCUGUAACCAUACAUCACUCUUGGUCCCGUCUGACAUUCCAUACAAUUUGCUCUUGCCGAUCCUGCAAAUGAUAUCGGUUUGCACGUGACAGCCUGGUUUUAAUGUCGAGUGGCUAUUCGUGAUUCCCAAGAUUAAAAAAUUCUAUAAAAUAUGAAUGGGUAAAAAUAUAUUACAUGCUACAUUUUGGUCUGAAUAUUUCCCCGUUUGCAGCCAAUUCCUGGCUAUAUUUAGCAGUGUGCUUUGCUGACUGAUAUGUUUUAUGUUAAAAUGCUCAACGUCCAUGGACUGACAUGGAAAUCAAUGAUUGUCAGGCCACAGGCAAGUACAUGUAGUGAAUGUCACUACGAUAUGAAGUUGUGAUUAGGUGUAGGGGAUCAAAUUUAGUUUUCAGAGGCAGGAUUUCUUUAAAAUUGGUAUGAACUAAGAAUGGUUUGUGUAUACACAUUGGGUAAACGUGUGUUGGUUACAUCACGGCUAAAGUUAAUUGCUGCAUGAUCUUUUAAAGCACCAAAUGUAACAUCACAAACGUGCCAUUUCGUACAUUGCAUAUUGAAUGCUUCUUGCGGAACCAUCAUAAUUGUACAUGGCACAUACGCGUGCCGGAUUAUUUGUUGUUGUACGUGAUUCGGACAAGAUCGAUACCAAACCCAAACAAACCAGGAUGAAAAACAAGACAACACAAUACUAAUUAAUAUAUUGAAGGAAAAAAAUGGGAUUGUCCGUUUGAAAAGCACAUGACCCGAGGUGGUUUCUGCAUCUUAACUUGCUGGAGAUGACACGAAAAGAGAGUUCUCUUUUUCUCAAAUUCGCAGCAGCCUUUCAACAUCCCACGCUUUUAAUUUGAACCGCGAGGCCAGCGUCGUGCGGGCGGCAAAACCCAGAGCAAUGCCAUCAGUGGGCAGCAGAGGCAAGUGAUGAAUGACCUGGUCCCCGUUUAAAAUCAGCUUGUACCCCCCCCCCCCCCCACCAUGGUGUGUCGACUCGCGUAUUCUGAGAAGAGAUUAUUUUGCGAAGUAUGCAAAUUAUAUCCAGAUAACGUGCUCGUGAGCCUUUCGGCGAAGAGUGACGACUGAACGAUACUGAAGAAAACGACGGACGGUACACAUCACGACGGACGAGACCGUACGGAACACGUAACCACUACGAGAUGAGGUGACAACCGAGAAAACGGACAGUAACCUACGAGGCAAAAACAAUAUUGUCGUGUGGAAUCGUGACCAUUACUUUUAAAUCACCACUGAGUGAAUUGCUCGCACAUCUAAUUCUAAUUUGCAGACUCGAUUCUACUCGGCUGUACCAUACAUUAUGGUACUUGAAGGAGGUUAUAGAACAGGACAGUCGGCUUCACACCACACAAGACCUCAUGAUUACAGUGACAAAGUGCAUUUUCAGGUGUGUAGCGACAGUGUGCUACAUUGGGUCGGAAUAUUCCUCCUCAUGUGACAAGCAGAGAGGUUCAGUUGCUUUGAAAGCUUAAGGCGCUGCAAUAACAGGUUGCGCACCGGUGAAAUGUUCGGCUGAUUUUGCAGCCCGGGUCGUUGUGUCGUGGCCACCACGUGCUAUUCGUGAAGUGUGUUAGUGACUGGGCCGUUGUCUUGUGUGAGGCUGUAAAAACAAAAAAAGUGCGCGUCUUGUGUAAUUGCAGCGUCCUCUUGCGGAAACGGAACCCUCCUCUGUCCGUAGCAGCUUCACACGAGGCACGCACACAAAAAAAACAACUCAACACAUCCGUCAAUAACGCAGCUUGAAAAGGAAGGGUGUCUAUAUAGAGAUGACUUUUCAUGGCACGCGUGCACGAUCGUUUUAAGUGCCACUGGGUUUGAGUUGCGAAACGGAGUUCACUUGAGGCAAACUUCAGGGAAGAACUUUAUUGGAGUUCCUAAGACAAAAUAUCCCCCGUGUAUCGCCUUUAACAGACUGCUGGGGAAAGUGCUGUUAGCGAGCAGUAAUGUCGGCCGGCACGGCACACCCGGUCUGCCUGUUUACUGCACACUUGCACCAGGUGCUCGUUUGAGGCCGACUGAUUGGAGUUCCUCACACUACAACACACAGGCGCUCGUCAGCAGCCUUCCCGUCGGAACUCCCCGGUCACACGUCACAAACCCCUGUCCCCCCCGAAGUGGUUCUAGAAAGUUCCUUUUCACGACUCCUUUCCCGCCAAAUCUCUCCUCCCGUCCCCUCUGCUUUUUCUUGGCGGCUGCUUGCCCCGCCGCCGCCUCCUCGUGUUGGAUUCACUUCGACCGUGUCCUUGCCUCACCUUGAUGUGACCCAACCCGGCCCUUUACAAAUAUAGAUUUUAUUCUCGAAUUAAAAUGUUUUUUUUUUAUCUAAGUCGGCAUUAUACAGAUACACCAGCUUUAGAAAAUGUAUCCCUCUCGAGUCCAGGAGAGGUAUUUUUGCAGGUCCUUAAUUGUAUUCAGGAUGCAGUGAUUGAGAAAGGAAGAUUAUUAUUUCUUGCGAGCGAGGUGACUUAUGGAGGUCGCCACCAGUUGUGCUAGUAUAGCCCUCGUGUGUUUCUCUUUACAGAUUGGGGACCCUAAAACUCGGCAUUUAAAACAAAAUUUGCUCAACUGUUAAGAGAUAAAUGUAAUGCGAACAGUUUCACAUAACUUAAGACGCCUUGUCAUUGCAUCAUUGCUUGUGAUUCAAGGUCGCAAUUUGAUGGAGAAUCUUUGCAAUUUGAGCAAGGAACUACUCUCAACUUUGUUUCGGUGAAUGGUAGCACCUCUCGUAGCUUGCUGGGGUGGAUUCCAUCUCACUGCGUAGAGCGCAUGAAUUGCCAAGUGUCGAUUCUACAAGCGAUUUGUUACACGUAUCUCGAGCCUUAGAAUCAAUGACAGUCGGGGGAGUUGAUGCAUCGUUACACCCCUAUCCGAUGCACACAACGCGAGUGUUGUUGUGUUUGUGUGCAUACUGAGGAUUGUGUUCAAACGCGUGAAAACUCCAUUUAAAUUUGACCACGUGGCUUUGUUAGCAACAAUUCCCCCCACUCUCCCGCGUAUCGUUAAUUUACGCAAUUCUCAGUACGUAGGAGCAAAUGACCUUCUGAGCGGACGCGUUUAUAUCUGCGUCUUUUUUUUUCUUGUUUACUUUUCAUUCGAGGCAUUUCUCAUCGAAACACUGUUCGCGCGCACCCCCUGCUCGUAUCCACAGCUGAAGGAGCCUGCGCGCGAUCCGUUUGAACUGGCAAAGGGGGCCCACACGCACUGGCUCACUGAGAAAUGUCAAAAUUGGCGUCAGGAACCGCGCAGGUGGUUAAAGUAAACUGGAACUCUCUCUCUCUCUCCGUCUCCCCGCCGGUGUCGAGACGGCCAACGAUUGAGUCGGUGUGUUUUUGUGUUGUCGGGCAGAAGUGGGGGGGUAGCAUUUGUGUUUGUAACCUCGAUUCUAACCACGGCCGCGAAUGGCUGGGGGUGAGGUGGAGGUGGAGAGAGAGUUCCUCUUUCCACGCCUUGCAAACCGUGCCCCGGCCCGUUACGUAUUAACAACAAGAACGACGCAAGGUGCUUUAUUUUCCCACGCGAGGAAGGACGAAGAGGACACAAGAAAUAACAACGACUCGGAAGAAACCGUGACUUACAAGGAGUUGAGCAUGGGAGAUGUUCGUAAAAACAUUAAGUCGAUAUUUUUGUAUCAUCGUUUUAACGAUUUCGGAUUUGUGUCGUCUUUUCCUCCCCUUUUCUGAACGCAUGCUGACGAUGCAUUUAUUUUUGGGUGUUGCUGUUUAGGUGUGGUGACGAUUUGAUUCCGUUACCACGUUUUUGUUGGGUUAUAUACGUGUGUUCGGCAGGAUCGCCUGCUUUUGGCCGUGUAAAACCCCCUUAAGGGUUUAUUGCCGAGCCCUAAGCAAGGUAACACAAUGAUCGUGUCUCCUUUCCUCACGGUGGCCAUUGGUGACUGACAUGAAAUCAGGUGGCACGUAUAAAAUAUCGGGUGUGAAAGGACGCGUAAUGAUUGUGUUUUUUUUCUUUGAAGGGUGAGACAGUUAUGACAACUUAUACCACAGGAUUUACAACUGCCGUUUCGUUACUUUCUAAAAAAAAAAUUCAAAAACUUCUCCACAAAACUAACAACAAUUGCGGGGAAAGAAUUUGUAUUGCAACAAAUUGUUAUUUUCUCCCUUAAAGUACAAAGUGUUAUUUUUUUGAAAAAUAUUAAGCAGCUAUGAGUGGAAGUGGGUGAUAAUUCUUCAUAUAAUAAAAAUAUAAUUGCCGAAACGUUAAAAUAAUUGUGAAAAAAAAAUUAGAAAAAAAAAAUUCUUGCUUAUUCAUUGAGUAAUUGUGUUUAAUGUUUCAUUAUUUUUUAGUCUUGCAGUGUUUAUAACAUUCCUAUGUGUAUUGCUUUUUUUUCUUGUAUAUUUCUACUUUGUAAACAAACUGGUAAAGGUUCCAUGCUUUGUUUGUGUGUGCAGAAAAUCAGUUUAGGCAAGCGAGUGGUUGUGUGCGGAACGGAAUGGACCCACGAGAGGGAUAGUCUCCGUUACCUCCACCUGACUUUACUUUGAUCGUUUUAUACAAAAUGAUAACGUGUAAAACCCUGUUUCAUUUCUCCGUUGGUUUGUUAUCGUAGAGAUGUGUUGAGCCGUUUUCCUCCAACCUGUUUAGGAAAUGUAUCAAAUUACUUUAUGAAAUAAAAUUAAACAUUU